UAUUGUUGCCUCCUCUUCUUCUUCCUUCUUCUCAGGCACCAUACUUCACAUCAUCGCUAUCUGCUCGCUCCUAUCAUCUUCCAAACCUCAAGUAAAACUCGAAUUGAAUGCGAGAGUCAUGGAAAAAGCAGGAGCUGGUGGAAGGCCAAAGGCAGUUGACAUGUGGGAACACGUCACGGUGUUGGAAGGGAAAAGAGUAAGGUGUAAACAUUGUGGCUUUGAAUUUGCAGCAAGUGCUAAUCGCAUCAAAGCCCAUAUUAAUCAGAUCAAGGGUCAGGGAAUUCGACUGUGUCCUGGUUCUCCUCAGCCUAACAAUACCAAUUCCAACAAAGUCACCAGUGAUCUCAACGAGAAAGAGGACUUCCUUCUUGUCAUUGAUGACUUUUUUCCGCAAGAAGACCUCCUUCAUCCACAAGGAGCGAGGAAUGAAACAUUAUUGCUUGAUUGUUAUAUGUCCUCCAAACACACUGAAGCUAUACAUCAAGAGGGGAUUCAUGUGGGCCCUUCCUCUGUUUCUCAUAUGAUGAAUGAAGCCGACUUGCGGUUGAUUCAAUAUGUUUUUGAACAAUCACGCAGUGAUGAGACAAUUUUCUCUUCACCACGUUUACAUUUGAAACAAUCUGAAUUUACCACUCUUAGACCGGAGACCUAUUUGGAUUCAUGGGUAAUAGAUAUUUUUGUCUAUAUCUUGACGGAGAUUGAAAGGAACAGAAGUAAACCUUUGAAUUGCUAUGUUCCAGUGAUAUUUUCGAAUAAAGCGCUCCAAAGUGAUGUAAGUUCCUUCCUUAAGUUUGUUGAACGGCAUAACAUGAGAGAAAACUACAUGUUUGACUUGAAAUAUUGUGAGAAGGUAUUAUCUAUUUAUAUUAUUCCUGUUCAUGUUGAAAAAAAUCGAUGUGGACAUUUUUAUUUAUACAUUAUUCAUGUGGAGGAUCAAGUUGUUGAAAUAUGGGAUUCUCUUCGCGAUCAAUUUAUGGAUAAAACUGAACGUGAACAAAUAACAAAAAAAAUACUGCUUGUCAUGGAGACACUCUUCGAAGAUGUUAUGUCCACAAAAUUUCACUGGAGAAUGGCAAGCAAUAUCCAAUCACAGUCUAAUGGAUACGAUUGUGGUGUAUUUGUUAUCAAAUAUAUGCAACAAUUAGAUAAUUAUGUGAGGCAAAAUCCUUCAUUUCAGUUUGACAGUAAUAAAGAAAGAUUGGAUUUGGCUUUAGAGUUGCUCAACAGUGACUUCAACCAAGAAAGAGAAAUACUAUCUCAUAAAGCAACAGGAAGCUAUGCGCAAGUCCACAGUGAAGAAGAUAUAGAUUCAUGUGGAAUUAAAAGAAAGCAGGUUGAUACAUGCAAAACAAUAUUUGGUGGUGGAAAAGGGGCAUAUGUGGAAUUGGAUGAUUUCAAUGACAGAGUCAAGAGAAAAAAAUGUUAG